CGCAGACUCUGACUUCUGCUGGGGCCAGCACCAAAAGCUGAUUUGCUUGCUGGGGAACAGGCAAGCACGGAAAGCAGAGCAGCUCUCACAGUGAAGGGCUGGGGAACAGAGGCUUCACCCUGUGGAGAAAGGAGGAGGAGAAUACAAAAAGAGAAAGAGGUGUUUGCCAUAAAGAAAGGUGUGGCUGGUUGAGACACACUCCUUGUACCUGACUGCUCGGACAUGUGUGGCUCGGGGAGAGGGGCAAGGUGAGGAAGGAUCUGUCUGCUGUGAGCUUGAAACUUGGAGAGGGCAGGAGAGCACCUCCUCCACCCUGGGACUGCUCAUGGCAGGAGAGACUCCCUCUUCAGACUGUUCUUCUCUCAUUGACCACAGCCAUGUCCCGGAGUUUGAGGUGGCUCUGUGGGUCAAGAUCACCUUGGCCUUAAUCUAUAUCUGCAUCUUUGUCGCGGGCCUCUUGGGCAACAGCAUCACCAUCAAAGUCACCAGGAUCCUGCAGAGGAAAGGCUACCUGCAGAAGGAGGUCACUGACCACAUGGUGAGCCUGGCCUGCUCCGACCUGCUGGUCAUCCUGCUGGGCAUGCCCGUGGAGUUCUUCAGUGCCAUCUGGAGCCCCUUUUCCACGCCCAAUGGCAACAUUGCCUGCAAGCUCUACUACUUCCUCUUCGAGGCCUGCAGCUAUGCCACCGUGCUGCACGUGGCCACGCUCAGCUUUGAGAGGUACGUGGCCAUCUGCCACCCCUUCCGCUUCAAGGCCGUGUCCGGACCCCGCACGGUGAAGCUGCUCAUCGCCUUUGUCUGGGGCACAUCUCUUAUCGUGGCUCUGCCCCUGCCCUUCGCCAUGGGCACGGAGUACCCCCUGGAGACCAUCGAGGGCUACCAGGGAACGAGUUCCUGUGUCAAGCCUACUCCCAGGCACUACAUUCCUGAGCUGAAGCACAACAUGACCAUCUGCACCUGCCUCUCCUCCAAGUGGGCUCUGUUUCAAGCCAGCGUCUUCAGCGCCUUUGCUGUGUACAUCGUCGUGCUGGGCUCUGUCACCUUCAUGUGCCACAGCAUGAUGAAAGCCCUGAUGAUCCACAAGAAGGGGGCUCUGGCAGUGGAGGGUGGACCAAAGCACCAGGAGCAGUUCCUAAGGAAGAGUGAAAGUUCGGAGGGCAAGAGCUCCAGGAGACAGAUCACUUUAUUCCUGGGUAAGACAUGUCCUGCUCUACCUCCCCUACCCCCUUUCCACUUAGGAAGAAAGCCCAGAAACCUCAGGUUUUUUCUCACCAAGCUCUCCCAAAGGGUUUGAAAGUGGUACAAAAUG